AUGGCGGCCAGCGACGAGGCUCCUGUCGCUGCUAGCGCGCCCUCAAAUGAGCGCAACCAAGACAAGCCAAUGGCAUCAGGCGAGGGUCACCAGGGCUCUGGGAACAACCGCGGCAAGAAGGGAAAGAAGGGCGACAGAGGCCGAGGAGAAUGGAGCCGCACCAAGGUAGACAAGCGGAAGCGCCAUGACGAGUAUAAAGAAUUCAAGCGCCGCAAGAUUAGCGACAUCGACAACCCCAAGGCGAACCCCUUCUCCAAAGAGGAGAUUGAGGCGGAGAGCCGUCGGCCGAAGCGCAAGGUUGCCGUCAUGAUUGGCUAUGCCGGCACCGGAUACAAGGGCAUGCAGCUCAACGGUGACGAGGAGACGAUUGAGCGCGAUCUGUUCCAGGCCUUCAUCAAGGCCGGCGCCAUUUCAAAGGCCAACGCCGACGAUCCUCGCAAGUCGAGCUUGGCUCGUUGCGCGCGAACGGACAAGGGCGUGCAUGCUGCGGGCAACGUCAUCAGCUUGAAGCUGAUUAUCGAGGACGAAGACAUUGUCGACAAGAUCAACGAGGCUCUCCCGCCGCAGAUCCGAGUCUGGGGUAUCCAGAGAACCAACAACAGCUACAACUGCUAUCAGUACUGUGAUUCGAGAUGGUACGAGUAUCUCAUGCCGAGCUACUGUCUUCUGCCCCCGCACCCUCAGAGCUUCCUCGGAAAGAAGUUGGUUGAAGUCAACAAGGAGUACGGCGCUGAGGAAGAGACCAACGCAAGACUGGCUGAUGUCAAGGAUUGGUGGUCGGAAGUGGAGGAGAAGGAUAUUAAACCUAUUUUGGCCGGACUGGAUGAAGAGACUAGGGCUGCCGUUUUGGAGAGCCUACAUUCCGAACAAGCUUCCGAAGAAAAUGCAGAGUCUAAAAAGGCUGAGAGCACACAGCCAGCUGCUGCUCAAGAGGAGACGGCAAAGGAAGAUGGAGACUAUGUCAUGGUUGACAAGGAGCAGCCGUCAUCAGAAAACGCCGAACCCGCCACCGCGACCGAAGGAGACAAUGCUACUCCCCAAAGACCUGCAGUCGUCCUCGAGACGGUUCAGCCCAAGCGCCGCGAGUUGGGCCCCGUGGACUUUGCCCUGCGCGACAUCAAGGCAGCCUACAUUGGCGCUAAGCGUGCCUAUCGCGUGUCUCCCGAGCGCAUCCAGAGACUGCAAGAAGCCCUCGACCAGUACGUCGGAACCAACAACUUCCACAACUACACCGUGCAGAAAUCGUACGGCGACCCGUCAUCAAAGCGACACAUUCGAUCAUUUGUCGUCAACCCCAAGCCCAUCAUCAUCGGCGAUACGGAAUGGCUGUCGCUCAAGGUCCACGGACAGAGCUUCAUGAUGCACCAGAUCCGAAAGAUGGUCGGUUUGGUGACGCUGAUGGUGCGCUGCGGCACGACGCUGGACCGCAUCAAGGAGAGCUAUGGCCCGCAGAAGAUGGCUAUUCCCAAGAUGCCCGGCCUGGGUCUGCUGCUGGAGCGGCCCGUGUUUGAAAACUACAACAAGCGAGCGACGGAGACGCUGGGGCGAGAGGAUAUCGACUUUGACAGGUAUGAGGAGAAGCUGGAGGCGUUUAAGCAGGAGCAGAUUUACUCGCGUAUCUUUGGAGUCGAGGAAAAGGAGAAUUCAUUCCACAGCUUCUUUUCGCAGAUUGAUCAAUUUAGGUCAAAUCACUUCCUGUGGCUCACCGCUGGAGGCAUGAAGGUUGCUACGAUUGACAAGUCGAAUGGAAAGCUGCAGGAUGUGGAUAAGCAGCUUGGUGACGAGGAUGAGGAGGAUCCCGAAGGCGGAGAGGGCUAA